UUUCCCCGCGCACCAGGCGGGGCGGGGCGGCUUGCUAAGAUGGCGCUGCCCAGCGCGCUCCGGCGCUGCCCUGGGCCGUUCCGCGCCUUCUCCGCCCGCCUGCUGGCGGCGACAGCCCGGCCCGGCUGGGCCGGGCUAGAGCCGCGGGGCCCGGUUACCCUGACCGGCGCCCGGCCCCCCGCGCGCUUCUACGCCAGCGACGAGCAGAGCCGGCGGGGGGGUCCGGCGGGGGCGGGCGGCGGCCGGGGCGUGGAGGUGGUGGGGAUCCCCAACCCCUUCAUCUGGGUCCGCACCAGGCUCCGCUGCUUCUUCAUCCGGGUCUACUUCGACCAUGAGUUCAGCAUCGAGGAGUUCACCAAGGGGGCCAAGCAGGCCUUUGCUCUUGUUUCAAAGCUGUUGUCUCAAUGUAAACUUGAUCUGUUGGAGGAAUUUGUAUCAAAAGAGGUAUUUCAAGUGUUGGAGGAGAAGCUUUCUUCAUUGUCUGAAAACCACAGGAAUGCCCUGGCUGCUGACAUAGAUGAAAUAAUGUAUACAACAGAAGGAGAUGUUGACAUUUACUUUGAUGUCAGUGGAAGAACAUUUGUUAGUAUCCUGAUGCGCUUCUGGUAUCUAACUAGUGCUGACCUUUCUGAUGAGGCUCCAGAUGGAACCAAAGUUUUCCACGUUGUAAUUGGAGAUGAAACUGUGAAAAAAACUAAACAUCUUCUAACAGCAAACUAUGAGUUCCGAAGGGAAUUUACACAAGGAGUGAAGGCAGACUGGACUAUUACACGGAUUGAGCAUCCAAAGCUAUUAGAAUAAAUUUCUUGUACAAUGACUUUUAUGGACCCUUAUAAAUCCUCUGGCAUACCAAAGGUGUCAAGCUUUUUUGGUCUCCCCACAACAAUCUCUUUUCAGGAUUAAUUUUAUAUUUUUUAAUUCCCCAAAUACUUUUGAUUUUAUCAUAUACAGUAUAUUGCUCUGAAAGAAUAACAAUAAAGCCUUUUCCAUGAGUCUCUGAA